GUGCUCACAGGGGUGUGCGCCGCGUGAUUUCGCGCGGGACUGUUGGCGGUAGACCAGCCGGCGAGCGUUUAUUUCGCGCUCGCCUUCGUCUCUCCUGCAUCUCCUCCAUCCAUCGUCCUCUUGCCUGCUUGCCCGCCCGCCUGCCUGCCUGCUUGCCUGCCUGCCUGCCUGCCUGCUACCCCGCACCCGCCAUCCGAAGGUCCCAUACUCGUUCCCGCCGCCGUCGCCGCGAUGCCAAUAACGAGGUUAUCCCGCGCGACGCCGCCGCCGUUUCCGUAGAAACCCCUCGUCGCAGGGUGUUCUCCCACCCGGCGGUUACGCCACGCCGACCAAUCGGGCUCGACUGGAUGCUGAUCGAGGGAUGCAAAAGGCGGGGUCGAGCGCGGCGUGGGGAUGAAAGCUCGCCGCCGCGAGGCGGGGGUCGAAAAGCUGUCCGAAGUCACGUGUGUCCGUCGGCAGAAGCCACCUUCGUGCUCCUCGACGUCGUCGGCCCGGUUUUGCCACGACGGCACGGCUCGUGCCGCGCUACCUCGGGAGCACGAAAACUACCGCGGCGGCGAUUGAUAACGAUAACGAGUGACAAACGUGACCGUGACUCGUUUCCCCUCUCUCUUUUUUCCCUUCGGAGACCGCGAAGCCACGAAGGAUUUCGCGCUUGGACGGAGAGCGUUUGGCGCCUAGCUCGUCGCCAAGCUCGACGUCCCGCGCGCGUAUGUCGGAUUCGGCCAACCAGUUCACCAUCUCGCGCCUGUCUGUCACCCGUUAAUGAUGGCACGGGAUGAAUGUUAUAUCGGACGACAGGCGGCACGUCGUUCUCUAAUGCCAUCCUGAAAAAAAUCCACAUCUCAGCGCGUUCGACGAACCGAGUACAGUGAUAAGCGUUGACCACCCGCUGAAACGUUGGACAUGUCCGAUUCUCAUCUCUAUGUCGUUGGCGACACGCUCGAACGUUAACUUGGAUCACUUGGAUGCAGUGAACUGGAUUGGUGAUUGUGACGAUAAGAGUAGUGCAUGUCGUAUGUACAGAAUAUAUCAUAUCUCGAAUGUAUGUCAUACAAGUUCGUCGUUGGUAUUUCAUACUUUUCGUUGCGGCAGUUCGAGAAUAAGAACUAUGUGCAAUACAUCUCGUAAGAAGAGUUGGAAAUAUUAUACGAAACGCGCGUGAAAAUUCUCAGGACGGGAGAUCUGGACGAACACUGGAUCUUUGAUCGCUCACGUGGACGAUGUUGUGAAUGCAGGUAUUCCGCGACGUUUGUGAACGUGUGAGUUGCAGGUCAGAUUUGAUUUUUUCACGGUGAGAGAAACUCGACGCUUGUGUGCGUGUGUGUGCGUGUGUGUGUGUGUGAGAUACACGAAGAUGAAGCGACGGCCGACCGGGUAUCCGCAGCCACCCGUCGUCCGGCACAAAGACGCUCCUGAUGACAGUUAUUGUAUCGCAUCGCCAUAGACUGGCCCACCUCGUUCCCGUAAAAAAGAGACGAAAGCCACUUCUGAAAAUCUGUGAGAGGUCUUUAUCGGCGGUCAAUAGGACCGCCGGUCCUUCGGGGAUGCGUUUCAUACGUUACAUAUAAAAUCUGCUCCGCGCCGGGAGAAGCAAGCAGCUGGAUUCCCGAUGGCCGUCGGGCCCGGAAGUGCUGCGAUGGACCUCAGCACUACUCUGAGUAGUGCCUACCGAUAUAAUCAGAACAUGAUGGAAUAUUAUACUUGUCAUGGCGGAGUCAACCAACUCGGUGGCGUCUUUGUGAACGGAAGGCCCCUACCGGAUGUAGUCAGGCAGAGGAUCGUCGAGCUCGCGCACAGCGGCGUCCGACCGUGCGACAUUUCGAGACAACUCAGGGUAUCUCAUGGCUGUGUAUCCAAGAUACUGUCGAGGUAUUAUGAGACCGGCAGUUUCAAGGCUGGUGUCAUAGGAGGCUCCAAGCCGAAAGUAGCAACGCCACCGGUCGUCGACGCGAUUGCUAAUUACAAGAGGGACAAUCCGACGAUGUUCGCGUGGGAGAUCAGGGACAGAUUGCUGGCCGAAGGCAUUUGCUCGCAGGACAACGUGCCAUCCGUCUCUUCCAUCAAUCGAAUCGUGAGGAACAAGGCGGCGGAGAAGGCGAAACACGCGCAUCAGCAACAGCAGGCACAGCAGCAGCAAGGUCAACAGCAAGGUCAGCCGGGAUCAGGCGGUUCCGUGUCGGUGAUAGCACAUGCACCUGCGACGGCGGCAGGUCAUCCCGCUGCCACCGCUCCCAACGCCUACAGCAUCAGUGGCAUCCUGGGCAUCCCGGCACAUCAUCAGGAUCCUAAUGGUAACAGCAUCAAGAGGAAACGCAGCGUUGACGAUGACAAUCGCGAGCUGAAUGACCAUGCCGAGAACGAUUUGAAGAGGCAAAGGAACAACUACAAUGGCGAUCAGCUGUAUUCAAACCUGUGGUCGAGUAAAUGGAGCAUCAAGGACGAGCACAAGCUCCUGAGCGAACUUGGUGGCGGUGGAGGCGGCGGUACGACCGGUGGUACAAACGGCGGUGGAAACGGCGGCGGUGGAAAUGGCGGCGGUGGCGGUGGUGGCGGCGGCGGUAGCGGCGGCGGCGGCACUGGCGGCAGUGGUGGCGGAGGCGGCGGUUAUUACGAACACAGCGGAUUCCCCGGGAAUGCUAUUGCCACCUCCGCCGAGCUGUACGACUCCCUGGGCACCAUCAGCACGAUGACGCAGGCGCAAACGCCUCAUCUUUACACCCCGCCCAUAGGGGGCACCAUAGCAGGUGGUACUUUGACGCCGCUCGCGCCACUGACGAUGCAAGAACUAAAAUUGAGCCAAACAUUGGACGGGGCUAACAUGUCUCCUUACCACACCACCGCAGAGAGCAGUACCGUCGCAGUAUCGUAUGUCGGGGUGGGGGCCGGUGGGGGCGAGCAAAGUCCCCCGAUUUCGUUGCAGAAUGAGACAAACGCCACCCCCGCGGCCCCCAACACCCCCGGAGGGGAUCCCGGACUGACGGUCUUGCAGCCGCCAGUUUCUCAGCCCCAGGUAGCCUCUGCGAUACCGCCGUACUCGACGAUGCUCCCAAGUUUCGGACACUACGCCACCGGUGGCGGUGACUACGCGUACAGCGCUGCGUAUUCCCAAUACUCAAGUGCACCAUACAGCGGCUAUGGUUAUGGAGCAGCGACAAGCGGGUUGCUCAACUCCACGUACUACUAUUGUAACGGAGACACGUCCAGUCACACGUCGCAGCAGGGCGGCGGUGGCGGCGGCGGCGGCGGCGGCAGCGGCGGCGGUUGCACCAGCGGUGGUCCGGAAAACAGCGCUGAUGUGGCUAGUCGUUCGCCUCUGGCGGCUACCAGGGCUAGCAGCGGAGCCAGCGCGGCUUCACCGACCGGAAGCGCCUGCACGAAGCCGGACCACACCUCUGCCACGCCGACGGAUCUCUACCUGGCUUGAUGCUCGUACCGUACGGCGGGAGAACGACUCUUGACCUCUGAGCGUCCUCCAACGGUCAGCGAAGAGACGGCGAGCUGCGACAACGGACGCCAUAUCACGAAGAGGCAACAUCUCGAAAUUAAGCAAUGAUCUCUUUUUCAAUCGCUUCGGGAAUGCGCGAUAGAAAGUUCGGAGUGCGAGAGAUACCGAUAAAUCCACAGGGAAGAUUAAAUAUGCCGAGGUUUGAAGAUUAGGAUGACACUUCACUUCACCCUCUUUACUUCACGAUGAAGUGGCGUUUUCGGACAAGGAACGUUAAAACGUAGGAUUAACUGCACUCGGAGUUCUGAAAUCCAUCGUGUUCAAGCUGGCUGACAGGACUUGGAAAUUUGAUUUGAUCGAUGAGCGCGUGAAGUAAUUCCGCGAGGUAAAACAAGCUUGAUGCGAGUGACGGUCACGUCAGAGCAUUGGCGUACAAAGUUUCCUCGUGUCGCUGUCGCGUUGUUCUUUGCGACAAAUUUUUUUUCCUUUACGUUUUAUAUUUAUUAAUCGUAAUCCGAAGAAUCAUCGAUCGGGGUCGACUUAUCAAUUAACAAUGGCAGCGACGCGAGCGAAUCUCGAAUGCUCGAAAGCGUUGAAGACGAUGUCGCCGUUCUCUGGAGAGCCGCGACAGUAGGUAGUUUAAUUUAAUGAUCCUCAGUUAGUAUAAUUUCCACGCGAUGGUCGUGACCGCCCUCGCGAGCGCGGGCUCGCGUGGCGAACAUAGUCGAUGACCAUGUAAAUAUAUAUAAAUUGAACAUAUAUAAAUAAGAAUAAAUAUAUAUAGAUAUAUAUAUAUUAUACAUAUGAUUCGUGUAAACAAAGUCAAGCGCCCUAACGGCACGUUUUUCUCUCCUGUAGGCACGACAACCCCUCACCCUCUUAAGAAUAUCGUAGAAUAUAAUACGAUAAGUUUGAGAUUUUUAAAUCAGGAGUCGACCGUAAUGAUCACUACUGUUAAGGAUAUUAUAUAUAUUUUUUGUAGAAACCAAAGACCAUAUACACACACUCACACACCCCCACACACACACACACACACACACACGCACACGCGCGCGCGCGCGUGCGCGCGAGUAAACCCAACACAUGCACGUACACACGCGUAAAUACGCACGCACGCAGCACGCAGGCACGCACCGACAUGCGACAUAUACAUUACGCGAAUCGUCGAACGAACGAGCACGUCGCGCAGUUGCGGCAAAAAAGCGUGACCUAUGCGCCGGUUUUGAGCGGCCCUUUUCACACGGAUAAGUAAUGCGUAAUCGCGCGAGCGACGUGUAGGAUCGACAUAAAAAAAAUUACAUUUAUUUCGAAAGUAGUAUGCUCGUUACUAAAAAAGGAUUCGAAGAAUUUUCGAACGUUUUUCAUUUAAAUAAAUUUUUAAUUUUGUUAAGGUAAUUACGUACUGCCCGCGAGAAUCACGUCGAGAUAUCGAUCAUCAUUGUACGGAGAAUGUUCUUUCUUAUUCGUGGUAAUUAGCGCAAGUCGGCGCGUGGACACUUCCUCGAUAGCCCGGCGAUCGCGCUCGUUCUCCCGUUCCGUUCGACGCAUUCGCCACGCUUCCGCUUUGCGGCGGAAGUUGUACUGGUUCCCGUUCGUCGUCGGGCGGAACGCGCCGGAGAAGAUUAUCACGAAGGCGCAAUUAGCGCCGGGCGUCGGAGAUUUUUAAUGAGAAAUUACGUUCGCAACCGCGCACGCGCGUUCUCUGAUUUAAUUACCGUGUUAAUCAUUGAUGUUUCAGGCACGCGCUACAGCUUUCAUGCAUCUCGAAUUUACUUAGCUUGCCGGAUAACGUUGUAGAUUGAAAAUUUGUUGACAAUACUACUUAAUCCGACAAUUUCUAGUCACGUUCGAAAGAGAUGCGCUAGGAAAUCAAAUAUUGCAUAUUGAAAUAAAUAAAACAGUAAAUUGAAUUAGGCAAUAAUGAUGUAAAACGUUCUUUCAACUUAUUACGUCGAUCCAAAGCGUGCUCGCAGAAUCGAAAUUAUUAUUAUUGAUCCCAGUCAAUCGGUAAAACUUCCGAAUCUCUCGCGCGAUGUUCCGUCCGUGUCGACCGCUUUUUUAUCAAAUAAUUAAACCGUACUAUUCGUCGCGAAAAUUUCGUCUCCACUGUCUGCGUUACGCUCUUUAGCAAUUUACAUUUUAAUUCGAUUUAUCAUAAAAGAGUAAAACUAACGAUUGCAAAUAAUAUCUUCAAAUUGCUAAUUGAACUGCAAUUAUGAUAUCUAUUGCUUACAAUAAUAAUGUGCCACGAUGGCGUGAUACAAAGCCGUGUCGAAAGGAAAAAAAUGCAAACGCCAAAAACGACGCGAGACAUUUUUUUUCGUACUGCAAUCCCAGUGACAAUUUUUCCAGCUCGACACACUGUUAAAUAACAGGCACAAUUUUUCACAAAAAAAAGUUUGAGAAAUGAUUUAACGCGUGCAUGCACGAUAUAUAUGUUUGAAUCUCAAUUCACCGAACAUCGGCUGGAUCAUUGUGUCCGAUGUUCGGUACGAUUUUUUGCAUACUUAUACAUUGUUAUAUUAUUGCUACCGUAAUGACGCUGAUUAUUAAUUAUUAUUCUAUUUGCUAUUUUCACUAUUUUCAUUAUUUUAUCAUUAUUAUAUUUUAUUAUUAUUAUCAUCAUCAUAAUAUUAUUUAAUACGUUUAUUAUUUAUUAAUUGUAAUGAUGACCUAUGUGUAAUAAGUUUUGCCAAAGAAUCCGUUGAGAGAGCAAUAUUGCAGUAAACGUUUUAUAGUCUCCAUAGGAGAAAAAGCCGAUGAAGCACAAUUGUAAUAUGAAAUUGAAUAUAGAAGAUAUGAAGAGAAAAAUGACUGUGUGUGGCAUUCGAGCGAUAAGCGGAAUUGCAAAUUCGUUUGCGCAAAUUACACAUAUACUUGCGAAUCUGAGAUUUCGACUCAAACGCCGCAGUCGCGCAUUUUUAAUCGAGCACACAUUAUUUCAUUUUAUUUGUUCCGUGUGAUAUUCUUGUUCCGUGCGCCGCUCUUGCCGAGUCUCGCUGUUGAUACUUGCAAACAAAACUCUGUACAUCCUUUUUAAAUAAAUAUGAGGUUUAUAUAUGAAAA